AUAAAAUGAUAGAAGGCGAACGUAAGACUUAUUUACAGAGACCUGAAAAGAGCUACUUGAUGAAGAACGAAACAAAAUAUUUUCAGAGGAAAUACCAAAAUAACUUACUUAGAAACAUCCCCUUCUACCAUAAAGUAGAGGCCAAAUGUUUCCAGCGAGAAGAAAGGAAGUUCUUUCCAAGUUCAAAUCGGAAUCGGAGCCAAGAACGUGACUCCUGGAAAGUUAAUAUCAAUAGGAGCUCUACUAAGAGAGGCAGGAGCGUUGAGCCUAGUAGUAAUCAUUAUACCCCACAGCCGUCUAACCCUUAUAAAACAUCUGAAGGUUUAAAUAGAAAGGGAACUUUCAAAAAGAAAGAUACAAAGAGUUAUCAACAAGAAAUUAGUGGUUUGAGCCAAUCUGAGCAAGAUGCUCAUUAUACAUAUGAUAGAUACUUAGAUGACCACAGCAAGUUCGACGAUGAUGGGUACAAUGUCCGAAAGAGCGAUGUUAUUGAAGAGAACAAAGAAGAUUAUUAUGAUGAAGAUGAAGAUGACUAUUAUGACGAACAAGAUAGAUCCGAAAUUGAUGAUUAUAAACUCUCCCAAUAUUACGAAUGUGAACCUUUGUUUUUCAUUGCUACCGUGGCUCCUGACUCUGUUGCUGACAGAGAAGGAAUUCUUCCUGGAGAUCAAAUUUUAGUCGUCAAUGGAAUCUCAACAGAUGAGCCUAAUGGGGCUCAGAAAGCAGCACAGGAGUUGAGGAAAAUGCUCAAUAAUACAACUGAAUUAGUCAUAAAGAGAGGGUAUUUGCUUGAAACUAAGAAACUAUUUGCAACAAAGAAUGAUCCAUCAGGACUUGGAGUAGCUGGAUUCGAACAAUAUGAAAAGUGGCUUAAAUAAUGUUUCCCCGAUUGCCAAGAUCAAGAAAGUUUCAGGCGGAAGUCCUGCUGAAGAAGCUGAUCUCCAGAGUGGCGAUGAAAUUGUCUGGUGUAACGGCCUCACAAAAACUCAGACCUCUAGUAGAGGAAGCCGAGGUUAUGAAGGAGAGAGUCAGGCUUUUAAAGAUAUUAAAACUAUGAUUGUGAAACAUGCUAAUAAUGCAUUACUACCUCUUUAUGUAAAAAGAAACGGGCAUCUGUUUCAUGCAAUUGUGAAACCAAGAACUUGGGAUGGAGAAGGUCUCACAGGAAUGACAAUUAUUGAGUAAAAUUUCAAUUUCA